CGUGUCUUCUAGUGAACGUCCAACUUUAUAAAUGGAAGGAGACUAGGAGUACAAUUUUUCCCGAGAAAAAAUGGAGAAAGUGGAGGAAAGUGGAGAAAUCGAGGAAAGUCUUCCGCAUCCAGCCAAACCUCAGACACCAAGAAGCGUGAAGACCAAAGUUCCGGAGGUCGAAGUUCGCCUUUAUCGUCAAGGCAAAGGUCCGAUCGCAAUCUUCAAAUCCAACUUGGGUGGUUGGGACCAAGAUCAGUUGGAGGUUGGAGACAUUCUCCACAAAUAUGGCUUCAAAUCGGUGUACGCCUUCAAUCCUGAAUCCGGCGGCCGUGGCGUUUCGAUCCUGAUUCACCCUAGAAACGGAAGAUCUUUGCUCUCUUAUCAGGAUGGAUCCGUCAUUUCCAUUGACGGAGAGCCUAAGGACUCACCGAUCAAACCUGUAUCCAAAAUUUUGUUCGGAGUCGCAGUUUUAACCCUUAUGAUAACGUAUGUUUUGAAGGAGCCUCCAGAGUUGAUCAAGAAAUUAUACAUUUCAGGCGGGAACUUCCCUCCAUGGGUCCUUGCCUGUGCUGUUAUUGUUUUUACUCGCAUGAGGAAGAGAACUAAGGACAUGUUAAAGAAAUAUGGUUACUGGAAGUGAUUCAACGCGAGCCUGAGGUAUCCUAGCAUAAAACUUCUUGUAGCAAGUUAAAUUACUCUUGUUCAGGAUAGGCAGCUUCCAAAAACUCCAUUUUUCCCUUAAUAUCACUGUUUCUGCCUCUAUUUUAACUUUCAACUUUUCUUUUCAGAUCUUUGUUUUUUUGGUGAGAAUAUAUAUAUUUGAAAUCUUAAAUCUCAUUUAGAGUGUUAUAUGGUA